UGUCACCUCACUGCAAUCGCAUCUCCCUUUCUCCUUUGCUCACAACUAUUUCCCAUCAUCAGUGACCUCAGAGUACUAGAUACUUGUUCUUUUCCAAUCCUUUGUGCAUAAUUCGUCCGUGUCUCGCAUUCCCCGGAUAGUGGGGAGAGACAAGCCGGUUGAUCCGCCUCACGCCCCCACGAAGGAAGCACUGCCACGCAGUAGUGGUGUCAUCGAUUGAGGAAACUAUUUGAAACCUCAAUUGUACCUUUCAACCCCAUCGUCUUCUCCUCCGCUACAUUUGGUUUGAAGACAAGAUGAGGUUCAGCCGGGUACUACCGUUCCUCCCUCUCGCAUCAGCAUUCGUCAUCACCGACGCCGACGUCUUCGAGACCCUCGAGAAGUCCGGAAAGCGCAUCAUCGACAAGACGCAAGAUGUCCUCGAUGAAACGAGAGAUGUCUUCGAUGAGACGAGAGAUGUCCUCGACGAGGCUUUCGGGAACGCAAUUGAAGGCAUCAAGAACGUAGGUGAGAACGCUUACCAUAAGAUCCACGAUGCUGGCUGCGAUGUGCAGUCCUGGCUCGAGGGCUCUUCCUUUGAGGAUCCGUUCGUAGACUUGGAAGAUCAUCCUCAUCAUCCGCCUCACGGCAAACCACCUCACCAUAAGCCACCACACAAGAACCCGCACCAUGGCAGGCCGCAUCAUCCGCCUCAUCACGGCAAACCCAACUUGACGGUGUACGAGAUGAUCAGUAAGAGCAACUACACGACGAAGCUCGCAAAGCUCAUCGAUGAGUACCCCGACCUUGUCGAGACUCUCAAUGGCACCAAGGCAAACUACACUGUCUUCGCACCGAUCGACUCCGCAUUUGAGAAGAUCCCCAAGCAUGGCGAGAAGCCAUCGAAGGAGUUUAUCAAGAACUUGUUGCUUUACCAUGUCAGUGAAGAGUUCUACCCGGCAGGCCGCGUCCUCCACAGCUACACCAUCCCGACUCUGUUGGAACCUGAGAACCUCGGCCACAAGCAGCGUCUCACCGUUCGCGUAACCUUGAGGGGGCCAUCCAUCAAUUUCUACAGCAAGAUCAUUGCAGUCAAUGUCUUCGGAACCAACGGGGUCAUCCACGGCAUCGACUCGAUCCUCAUUCCUCCCCCCAAGGUGGCCACCAUCAUCGACUUGCUCCCUGGCGAAUUCAGCACGCUGGAACUCGGUCUCGGAAAGACCGGCCUUUUCGAGAAGAUGAACAGCUCUGAUUACCCUCACGAGGGCGGAACCCUCUUCGCACCCUCCAACUUUGCCUUCAAGAAACUCGGCCCCAAGAUCAACGCUUUCCUAUUCAGCAAGUUCGGUCUGAAGUACCUCAAGGCGUUACUCGAGUACCACAUGGUCGUCAACCAGACCCUGUACUCUGAUGCGUUCUACGAUGCUACGUCCGAGGACGCCGAGAUGACUGCCCGACCGCCACAUUUCCACUUCGACAUGCCGACGGUUCUCGAUGGCAAGUAUUUAGCUGUUGACGUCACGAGAUACGGUCCUUUCAUCGCAAUUCGAAUCAAUGGAUUUGCGCGGGUCACGGUUCAUGACGGUGUCGCUAGCGACGGCGUUAUUCAAGUAACCUCGGACGUGCUCAUCCCGCCGAAGAACGCCGGUGGCGAGCAGUCUUAUUGGCAGGGCGAGGAGAUGAGUGUGGAGGAGUUCAAGGAGAGGCUUGAGCCAUUCGUCGAGGACGAUGAGAAUAUGGAAUUGUAAAUGAGAACGUCCAAAGGGGGGAAUUUUCCACACUGCGGUAUGAUUGGUGAAAGGGAAGGCGGUAUUUGAAAUAGUAUCCAAUGAGUGGAGUUGCUUCGUCCAAGCCGUGGAUCUAGCUACCUAGCGGCGGGCGCAUAAUGAACGAUCGUUACGAAAGACUAAUGCCAUGGCUCUUCUCCACUAGACUUGAUGCACUUGUGGCGCUGACGCAGGUAGGCUUCCAGUUGUUACCCCCAGAUGAAGGUUAUACGGGCCGUUCGCCGUUGUUAG